UUGUCGGAGCUGCGGCGCAAGUUAAAGGAACAGUUAAAAGAGCACUUAAAGGAGCAGUUAAAGGAACAGUUAAGGGAACAGUUAAAGGAGCAGUUAAAAGAACAGUUAAAAGAACAGUUAAAGGAACAGUUAAAGGAGCAGUUAAAGGAACAGUUAAGGGAACAGUUAAAGGAGCAGUUAAAAGAACAGUUAAAAGAACAGUUAAAGGAACAGUUAAGGGAACAGUUACAGGAACAGUUACAGGAACAGUUACAGGAACAGUUAAAGGAGCAGUUAAAGGAACAGUUAAAGGAGCAGUUAAGGGAACAGUUAAGGGAACAGUUACAGGAACAGUUACAGGAACAGUUACAGGAACAGUUAAAGGAACAGUUAAAGGAGCCGUUAAAGGAGCAGUUAAAGGAACAGUUAAGGGAACAGUUACAGGAACAGUUAAAGGGACAGUUAAGGGAACAGUUACAGGAACAGUUACAUGAACAGUUAAAGGAACAGUUACAGGAACAGUUACAGGAACAGUUAAAGGAACAGUUAAAGGAACAGUUACAGGAACAGUUAAAGGUAAAAAAGUGUGUUACCAGUGUGUGGACCUCAGGUUUGACUCUCACUUGGGCAGUGUCAGGUCUGAACACUGUCUUCACAAACUCGGUCCAGGUCUGGGAAUGUGACACGCCCCCCACCCACACCUGUCUCCGCCCCCCCUCCCCCCUCCUGUGA